CGUAGACAGCUUAUAUACUACCCACACGAGAUUGGAAGAGGCGACAGCUGCUGAAUUUCUGGUUAAUAUAUGAGGCGACCAGCCUAGGCGCUGGAUAGACGGUGACGCUCAGUGACCACGACCCUACCAGUUGCGGCACCCUUCAUGGGACGCAAUGCGACGAAAUAUUGGAAGAAGCUACAGAUCCAACCGCAUGAUUUUUUUCUCGCUAGACGCGGUAUAGACGCAGCGUGGACGCAUCGUAGGUCCCUUUUUACGACGAAAGCGACGGCGCCAACACCACGGAGGCCGACGAGAAGCGUCGAUGUGAGGCCGGCGUUGAGUCGUGGUGUCGAGGGAUGGGAAACAAUGGCAUCUUGUUCGGGGUUCCUCGCUCGAAGCCGCACGCUCAAGUGUUGGAUAGCGGCGUUAUGGUUUGUGGUAGGUGUUGUUCUAUUGACUAGAUCCUACUACAAAAUUGGUACGGCCGUCUACCACCUAGAUCGUCCUAGCAGUAGCGAGCGAGCGUAUCCCUCACAGUAUCUCGCGUCCACUCAUUUCCCAAGCGUCAUGGUAUCCCAUUAUCAACCCAUCCACUCCACAAAAUGCAGUCAAUAUUGCCCAAAGUUGUUUCUCAAAGACAUCUCAGGUAUGAUCGAAUACACUAACGGAUAAACGCAGUGAAGAUAAUAACUAUGGAUAUGCCCAGCAACACAGAAGUAAGUAAAGCCGCCCAAGGUCGUUUUAAAUAGCCAUGCACAUCACAUCCACA